GCGAGGGCGAGCGCGUCCAGGACCCCGCGGGCCGAGAAGCGCAGCGGGCUGCGAGACCCGCGACUGCGGCAGAGAUUACCCGUGGAACAUAAAAAAUGGAUUCCUUGGACCACAUGCUGACGGAUCCCCUGGAGCUGGGUCCAUGUGGAGAUGGCCAUGGCACACGUAUAAUGGAGGACUGCCUCCUGGGGGACACCAGGGUUAGUCUGCCAGAGGACCUUCUGGAGGAUCCUGAGAUAUUCUUUGAUGUGGUCAGCCUCUCCACAUGGCAAGAAGUAUUGAGUGACUCCCAACGUGAACACCUCCAGCAGUUUCUGCCUCACUUUCCUGAAGACACUAUUGAGCAGCAGAAUCAGCUCAUCCUGGCCCUGUUCAGCGGGGAGAACUUCCGCUUUGGGAACCCUCUGCACAUUGCCCAGAAGCUUUUCCGAGAUGGACACUUUAACCCUGAGGUGGUCAAGUACCGGCAGCUGUGCUUCAAGUCACAAUACAAGCGAUACCUCAGCUCUCAGCAGCAGUAUUUCCAUCGGCUGCUGAAGCAGAUUCUGGCUUCCCGGAGUGACCUAUUGGAGAUGGCCCGUCGGAGCGGCCCAGCCCUCUCCCUCCGGCAGAAGCGCCCUUCGCCGUCCCGCACCCCCGAGGAGCGGGAGUGGCGGACCCAGCAGCGCUACUUGAAGGUGUUGCGGGAAGUGAAGGAGGAGUGUGGUGACACAGCCCUGUCCUCUGAUGAAGAGGCCACGUUGGAUUUACAAGAAACAUUUUCUUUUGAAGAUCUCAGCUCAUGGCUUCCGAGCUCUCCAGCACGUUCUCCUAGCCCUGCGGUGCCCCUGAGGGUGGUGCCCACGCUUUCGACCACGGAUAUGAAAACUGCAGAUAAAAUAGAACUGGGGGACAGUGACCUGAAGAUAAUGCUAAAGAAGCACCAUGAGAAGCGGAAACAUCAACCAGAUCAUCCGGACCUUUUGACGGGGGACCUGACUCUCAAUGACAUCAUGACUCGAGUCAAUGCUGGCAGGAAAGGUUCUCUAGCAGCCCUAUAUGACUUGGCUGUCCUUAAAAAAAAGGUUAAGGAAAAAGAGGAGAAGAAGAAGAAGAAAAUAAAAUUGAUCAAAUCAGAGACAGAGGACUUGGCUGAGCCCUUAAGCAGUACUGAAGGGAUCCCAUCUCUCUCACAGGCCCCAUCCCCAUUGGCAGGACCUGCUAUCAAGGAGGAGCCUCUGGAAGACCUCAAGCCUUGCCUUGGAAUCAAUGAAAUAUCUUCCAGCUUUUUCUCUCUCCUACUAGAGAUCUUGCUGCUCGAGGGGCAGUCUAGCCUUCCUGUGCUAGAGGAGCGGGUUUUGGAUUGGCAGUCGUCUCCGGCCAGCUCCCUCAACAGCUGGUUCUCUGCAGCCCCCAACUGGGCAGAGUUGGUGUUACCGGCCCUGCAGUAUCUUGCUGGAGAAAGCCGUGCUGUACCUUCCAGUUUCUCUCCAUUUGUUGAGUUCAAAGAGAAAACCCAGCAGUGGAAAUUGCUUGGCCAGUCCCAAGAUAAUGAAAAGGAAUUAGCUGCACUCUUCCAGCUGUGGCUAGAAACCAAAGACCAGGCCUUCUGUAAGCAAGAAAAUGAAGACAGCUCAGAUGCCACAGCACCUGUUCCUCGGGUAAGAACUGACUAUGUAGUGCGACCCAGUACGGGGGAGGAGAAACGAGUAUUUCAGGAACAGGAGCGUUACAGAUACAGCCAACCCCAUAAGGCAUUCACUUUUCGAAUGCAUGGCUUUGAGUCUGUCGUGGGGCCCGUGAAGGGUGUGUUCGAUAAGGAGACCUCGCUCAACAAGGCUCGGGAGCACUCCCUGCUGCGCUCUGACCGGCCUGCCUAUGUCACCAUCCUGUCUCUCGUUCGCGAUGCUGCAGCUCGGCUGCCUAAUGGAGAGGGCACGCGAGCAGAGAUCUGUGAACUGCUCAAGGACUCCCAGUUUCUUGCCCCAGAUGUCACUAGUACUCAGGUGAACACUGUCGUGAGCGGUGCACUGGAUCGGCUGCAUUAUGAGAAAGACCCGUGUGUGAAAUACGACAUUGGACGCAAGCUGUGGAUCUACCUGCAUCGCGAUAGGAGCGAGGAAGAGUUUGAGCGGAUCCACCAAGCACAAGCAGCGGCAGCGAAAGCCAGAAAAGCCCUUCAGCAAAAGCCUAAGCCCUCAUCUAAAGUGAAGUCCACUAGCAAGGAGAGUUCGCUGAAGGUCCUCAGCGGCGGCCCUUCUGAGCAGAGCCAGAUGAGCCUCAGUGACUCCAGCAUGCCACCCACCCCAGUCACGCCUGUGACCCCCACCACACCAGCUUUGCCCGCCACUCCGAUCUCCCCUCCACCAGUUUCAGCAGUCAACAAAAGUGGCCCCACUGCUGUCUCAGAACCAGCUAAACCCAGCUCCGGUGUUCUUCUGGUGUCUUCACCAACAAUGCCACAGCUGGGGACCAUGCUGUCCCCAGGCUCCAGUCAGACUCCACCAAGUUCUCAGGCCACUGCCCGUGUUGUGAGCCACUCUGGCUCUGCGGGACUGCCCCAGGUGCGGGUGGUGGCCCAGCCCAGCCUUCCUGCUGUUACUCAGCAGUCAGCAGGGCCAGCGCAGACCCUGCCACCAAUUCCAGCAGGACCACCGAUUCGCGUUCCAGCCACUGCUACGCAGACCAAAGUCAUGCCCCAGACGGUAAUGGCCACCGUCCCAGUCAAAGCUCAGACUGCAGCGGCUACUGUGCAGCGGCCGGGAGCCGGGCAGACGGGACUCACGGUGACGAGUCUCCCUGCCACAGCCAGCCCUGCAAGCAAGCCGGCCACAAGUUCUCCCGGAAGCUCUGCUCCGAGUGCGUCCACAGCUGCCGUCAUUCAGAACGUUAGUGGACAGAACAUUAUCAAGCAGGUGGCAAUCACGGGGCAGCUUGGUGUGAAGCCCCAGACAGGCAACAGCAUUCCACUCACAGCCACUAACUUUCGUAUCCAGGGUAAGGAUGUAUUGCGUCUGCCACCCUCUUCCAUCACCACAGAUGCCAAAGGCCAGACGGUUCUGCGAAUCACUCCAGACAUGAUGGCCACCUUGGCCAAGUCCCAGGUUACCACAGUCAAACUGACCCAGGACCUCUUCGGGACAGGAAGUGGCCCUGCAGGCAAAGGCAUCUCUGCUACCUUACACGUUACUUCCAAUCCAGUCCAUGCCACGGACAGCCCUGCGAAGGCCAGUUCAGCCAGUGCCCCUUCAUCCACUCCAACAGGUACCACCAUGGUCCAAGUGACUCCGGACCUCAAGCCUGCAGAAGCCUCGAGUUCGGCUUUUCGCUUGAUGCCGGCACUUGGUGUAAGUGUGGCAGACCAGAAGGGGAAAAGCACCGUGGCAUCUUCAGAAGCAAAGCCAGCUGCCACCAUCCGCAUCGUGCAGGGCCUGGGGGUGAUGCCUCCCAAAGCAGGCCAGACCAUCACAGUUGCAGCCCAUGCCAAGCAAGGGUCCUCGGUGGCCAGCAGCUCUGGAACUGUUCACACUUCAGCAGUGUCUUUGCCGAGUAUGAAUGCUGCUGUGUCCAAGACUGUGGCCGUGGCUUCUGGGGCUGCAAGCACCCCCAUCAGCAUUGGCACAGGAGCCCCCACGGUGCGGCAGGUCCCUGUCAGCACCACAGUUGUUUCCACGUCUCAGGCUGGGAAGCUGCCUACACGGAUCACAGUGCCACUCUCUGUGAUUAGCCAGCCUAUGAAGGGCAAAAGUGUGGUCACAGCCCCCAUCAUCAAAGGCAACCUUGGAGCCAACCUCAGUGGGUUGGGCCGCAAUAUCAUCCUCACCACCAUGCCAGCGGGCACUAAGCUCAUUGCUGGCAAUAAGCCCGUGAGUUUCCUCACUGCCCAGCAGCUCCAGCAGCUCCAGCAGCAAGGUCAGGCCACACAGGUGCGCAUCCAGACUGUCCCCGCGUCCCAUCUUCAACAGGGAACAGCCUCCAAUUCCUCCAAAGCAGUCUCCACUGUUGUUGUGACCACAGCUCCAUCUCCUAAGCAGGCCCCUGAACAACAGUGAUUCUGAGGGAAAAUGGCUUCCACAAAAGCCCAUACCUGCUCUGCCUUCUGGCUGAGAGGAAGGGAGCAGGGAGGUCACAUCCUUCCUCCAGCUCAUCUGUCUGAGGAAGGCUUGGUGGCAGUAGUGGCCGGGAUUCCGCUGCCACACUCCACAUGGAGGCCUCUGAGAGAGGUUCACUGCAGGUCUGUGCUGUCCUGAUCCAGGAGAAGCUUCUCUCAAAGUUGUGUGAGGUCCUUGUUGUGUCACACAAGCCAGAGUCCUCUCCUGGGAGCAGGAUGCCGAGGGCGGGCUUACAGUGGCGGAGUGUAGACAGCGAAUAAGCCUCGUUCUAUACGUGGAUCGAACUUUUUAGCUUGUGGUCUUCUCUGUGACUAGUGGUCUGGAUAGAAGUUUUGUGUCCAGAAAUUUUUAUGUAACUUAUUUUUUUUAAAGAGCCUAUUGUACAUCUUUGUCUAAUAGAAACCUGGGUGUUAGCCCCCCCACCUCCAAUGGAUUCAUUAUUCUUUUGGCCAGAAUGUGAGAAUAGCAAGAUUCUUUUAGGUUGGUGGCUGACUUGAUAAUUACAUAGUGAUGGAGAGGCUGCAAGAUGGGGAAGAAACAUAGGCAGUGAGAUUGUGUGGGUUCCCUGAAAUGGGAUUAGUUUUGCACUACCUCUUAAAGGUGGGGUGUCAGGACCCUGACGGGGUCUGUUUCCUCACGUGCUGACCGUUCUCAUCAAGCCUGUUCACAUAAGCCCCGAGCCCCGAGCCGGUGGGUACAUAGGUGAUGCCCAGCAGAGACGCUGCUGCUGUAGCACCGACUUGCUUUCAGGUCAGAGACUGUACCUUCUGCUUUGCUCCAGAACAAGAGUCAGCAAACCAUGGCCCUUGGGCUGGCUACCCAUUUUUGUAAAUAAAGUUUUAUUGGAACACAGCCUGUGCCCUUCAUUUAUGUAUUACCUAUGCCUGCUUUCAGCUCAAAGGCAGAACUGAAUCGAUGCCAUAUGGCCCUGAAGUCCAAAACUAUUUUUAUGUGGUCCUUUAAGUAAAACCUUGCUGACUUUUUUUUUAAAUCUUCA